AUGUCAUUGUCCUUCCACAAGACGAGUCCCCGACAGCGGAAACAAUGCACGCGACAGAUCUACGGUGUUGCCUUUCCGUCGUUCGUGGCUGUACUUUUUUUUGUCGUCGCCGAAUCUGUUCAGAUAUUCGUCGAAGCCAAAGGGGAACGUCUUGGAACUCUGAAGCCUCUUGGCAAGAAUAGGUAUAGUUGUGUACAGGAAGACGGCACCGGGCCGAACCCCGGUGUCGGUUCUAUUGAACUCAACGCACAGAAUCCGAAGCUAUUCCUCCUAUGCGUGGGUCAGGAAAACGAAUUCAUGCCUCUAGACGGGGCAACCUCGCAACUGGCGGUUUGCCCGAUGUCAGCAACGACCAAAGCUGAAUGUGACAGAAACAGUACGCCGCUCAAAAACUUCCUUCCGCGGGCGACGGAGAGGUGGAUGGAGAGAACUCUAGUUUUGGAUAGUUCGGACAGCAAAUUUGUCCUAACAAUUCCUCCGAAUGGAUUCCCUCCAGCGAGGCAACAGUUCAAACUUGGUUGCCGAGCUAAAGGACAUUAUUGCAUGCUUACUGUAACAGUUGAUCCUUUCAGCGCUGCCGUGGAUGGGCAAAGAGCCAACUGCGCAUAUUCGCUGCCGGAUCCAGUGAGUCUUCAGUUGAGCAUGUCAGAAGAGAAAAACUCUAUCACGAUUCUUUGCGGAAAACAGCAUUUCCCUCAGCCAUCGACAUAUAAUCUCAAUUACUGCGCGGGAUCAUCUGUGGACCCUGAUCAAUGUGCUGCCAGCUCCAUGACGGAAAUCUUCCCCACAUUUUCUGCAUCGUGGUGGAAGGGGAAGUCAAACUCAGAGCAGGGUGCAGUAUUCACGAUCCCGAAAGGCCACUUUCCCUCUAGAGCUACACAUUUCCUUGUCGGGUGUUCGGAAAAAGUUGAUGCAGGGUCUUUUUGCAAUGUUAAAGUUAGCGUAGCAGCUGCUACAGUGACGACUACAAGAGCGCCUUCGAAUGGUGCCGAGUCAUGGCGUACUGACUUCGCCUUUGUUUUGUCUGCAUUUGCUCUUCACCUUUCCACGGCAUAG